UCAUGAGCUCCCUUACUUCACAAACUCUGACGUCAUCAUUAUGUUGCGUUAGUGUUUCAAGCUGGCAGAGGCCUAUUAGGUAACAGGCAUAGGUACGGUCACUGAAAAACUUGAUAUCAAAAGUUUGACAAGACUCACCAGUGGUGUUCUGUGGUUGAUAUCAUAUGUGCAUUAAGAGCUUCCUGUUUGGAGAAGAGAGUUUUGUACUCGUAGAACUGAACUGGAAAACUGGAGACUGAAUGACUUCCUUAUUUGAGCUGGAAACACACAGAGACUCAAGUUAUGGUGCUUAGGACUCCAUGCCGAAACAAGAAUGUCCAUGCAAUUGUGCACCUCUCUCUUCAACUCAAGUUUAUUGAAGAAAUGAAGAAGAAUAUGUUGUUAAAUCACAUAUGAUCCUGUCUGCUUAUCUCAUUGGCUGAAUAUUGAGUAGCACGUAAAACUGAAAAUGAAUCAGGGGGGACAAGAAAAUCAGGGGACAGGACUGAGAGAUGUCUUAGACAUACUAGUUAAGGCACCUCCGCAACAGCUGCUAAGCCUGACAUUCAAGCUGGGUGAGUCUCCUGAAGAAAAUAUCGUACACGCCUUAUGUCUGAUCCUGCUCCAGAAAGAGGAGCGUGCCCUGAACAAACUCCAGAUGCUGAAGGACAACUACCUCGCUAACCAUCUAGCUGAGAAGUGGCAGAUGAGUGGAGGCAAAUUUGAAGAUUUUGCUGAUCAUUGUGGUCAUUUUCAAGAGUUUAAAGGAGAAUUUUUGGCACUGUUGGCUCGUCUUUUCAAGGUUUUGUCCGAACAGAGGCUGUGUGGUCAACCUCUGAGAAAUCUGGCGUAUAAGAGAGCCCUUUCCAGGGACAUUCAAAAAACAAGCAAAUGUAAGGAUCUAGAGUAUGAUCUGCUCAGAGAGGAAGCUAAAAAUGUGUGUGGGCCUCAGUUUGCAGAGUUGAUUUGCUCCCCAAAGGAUCUCAAGUCAGGGUCUUACCAUGAUCCUCUUAGCAGCUUGGGUGAAGGAAACCCAACUUUAAAAAUGACCCUGUCUCAGGAACAGUCAGAGAGAGCUCACAGUCUGCCCAGCCCACUGCAGACGACCUCUCCAAUACCCUCAUACCCCACUCAUCUAGAGAUAAGUAUACCUCCAACAGCCUCAUUUCAAGACGACAAAAUAACAUCAGAUAAAUCUAAACUAAACAAUUCCGUCCUUGUUGGUGAACGUGAUGCAAAAAAUGCACUUGGGCAAUCUCACACAUCUCAGCCUAAAUCCAGUGAACCCCCUAUGUUUGGUGCAAAGAAACACUCAAAGAUGGAUGGCACAUUAGCCGCAGAGGGCAGUAAGUCCGACAGUCUUAUCACUCGAUGGGAGACUUUAAACCGAACCACUAAACCAACCGCUGAACCAAACUUUGCACUACCUACUGCAACAACCUUUUUACCACCCAAGAUGCCUGUUCCAAAUGAAAUGCAUGAAAGUAAAGAUGCAGAAGAGGAGGAAAAGCCAACAUUUUAUCCAUUUGUUAUCUUGCAUGCACCUGAGGAUGAAGAUGUGGCCGAGAGCAUGAGAGAGAGACUGGAAACUUUGAUGCGAGUUGAAGGGGAAGGUGCAACUUUUUCAGGGGACUUUGCCGAGCCUGGAAAGAGCACUCUCAGGUGUGUAGAGGAUGCUAUCAACAACUCGGCCUUCACUCUUCUGCUGCUUACCUGCAACUUUAACACCCGCAUGCUGGAGAUGGAGACAGACUCUGCCCUUAUCAACUCCAUGAACAAGAAACACAAGUACAACACCGUUAUCCCUCUGCUGCCACUGAAGAACUGCAUGCCCAGAGAGAGCAUCCCUUUGGUUUUGCAGACAUUAACUCCCCUCAGGGAGAACAGCAGCUUUGAAAGGCAAUUAAAUAAGUUUUUGUCUCCAGUGAAGAUUAAAAACCAGAGAAAAAUCUGGACAGCAGAGCAGACAGUAAAAAUGCAGCUGGAGAGACAGGAGAGACUAAAGAAUUUAAACCAGUACCAGAAGCAGUUGAUCAAAGAGUGUAGCACAGCACAGUUGCUGGAGAAAGAGAACCUGAGCCUUUUAAUGGCACAAAAACUUAUUUUCAACCCCAUCGUUCCACCAGAACAGGACGGUGGUGACAGCAGUGUUCGGUGGCAACAACAUCAACAACCAAAUAUUCACAUUGAAAAUGCUAGGUACAUUAUGAUUGGUAAUGACUCUCAAAUGACUGUGGAUUUUGGCGGAGGUGCAGACAAAGAAGAUUCCAUUCACAGAGAGGAGGAGCAAUAACCUUAAAGAGGAUAUUUUCUGGAGUCACUGUAUUUGUCAAAAAAAAAAAAGAGAGAAAUCAUGUUUUGUCUAAACACUAAAAUGUCAACGCUGUAAUAAGCAUUGUGGGGUAUUUACUGCAGAUUGCUUCAUUGUAUUUACAGUAAACGUGUUGGUGAAAGCAAAUUCAAUAAAACUGUCAAAAGAG